CCCCGACGCUGCUGGAUGGCAACGGAGAAUUUUACCACUAAACCAUCGACGCGGGUUGUGAUGGGAUACCAUUUUUGGCUGACCGCAGGCUCAUACAGCGCGCGGGAUAGGAGCGCGCCUGAAAGUGUGUGCCCGCUCCUCUGUGGGCUGUCUGGUUUGCAGGGGGGUCGCGUACCCGAAAAGCCGGCAGGCGAUAUCGGCGGUUCUCUGGGGUCAUGGCGCAAUUCGCAGGAGAGCCGAGGUGGAUGUCGUCUGAAGCCUCAGUGUGGUCUUUUGCCCGUCAGUUUGUGAGC